CGACAGUUACCUCCUGUUGUCCCAUUGCACCGAAGCAACGAAUCCAUUCUUCAACCGCCUUCUGCCAUUCCUCAGUCAACAUGCGUGUCAUUACAAUCCCUGUCCUUGAAGACAACUACUCAUACAUCAUCCUCGAUGAAAAGACCUCCGAGGCCGCCGUCGUCGACCCAGUCGAGCCCCAGAAGCUCAUGCAUAUCUUGCAACACCUCGGCGCAAAAUUGACCUCGGUCCUCUGCACACAUCACCACUGGGAUCAUGCCGGAGGCAAUGUCGAUUUGAUCUCAAAGAAGCCAGGUCUGGCGGUCUAUGGCGCAGAUGCGCGGAUCCCCGAGAUCAAUUACGUGGUUAAGGAUAAAGAGGAAUUCAAAAUCGGCAACAUCACGAUCCAGGCGUUGUGGACGCAUUGUCAUACGAAGGGUAGCAUCAGUUAUUAUGCGAAGGAUGAUACAGACAGGGCCGUCUUCACCGGCGACACUCUGUUCUUGAGUGGGUGUGGUCGAUUCUUCGAGGGUACUGCAGCAGACAUGUACAACAGUCUGCUUCACAUCCUGGCUACCCUUCCUGUAGAAACCAAGGUCUAUUGCGGACAUGAAUACACAAAGGCCAACCUUCAGUUUGCACAACAUGUCGAGCCCGAUAACCCACAUGUGGCCCAGAAAUUGCAGUGGUGUAUGGAUGAAAACGUUAAGAUCACGAUCCCAGGAACCAUUGGCGAGGAGUUGCUGUGCAAUCCCUUCCUUCGUGUUAACGAGCCUUCUUUACAAGCAUUUACGGGCAAGAGCGAUCCUAUCGAUGUGAUGCAUGUCCUCCGAGAACUGAAGAACAACUUUUAAACCCGAGAAGUAAAAAAACCCUCCCUAUAAAAAACCA